AUGUUUUGCAUAGAAUUGCCGAAACUCUCACCUCUAAGUGGUGAUCCCCGGAAACGCAUUUCGGCGGCUAUUGGUGUCUAUUAUGGUUUCGUGCAAAAAAGUGAAAAUACUACCGCCGAGUAUUUACAUGGCGGUAAACGUAUGCGAACGCUACCUAUAGCCAUAUCUUUGGUCGCCAGUCAAUUGUCGGCCGUCGCAAUUAUGGCCAUACCAGCCGAAAGUUACUCCUUUGGAAUUAAUUGGGCUUUCAAUGUAAUUGCUAUGAUCAUUAUCAUACCGAUUAUAAAUUAUAUAGUGAUACCAGUAUUCUACAACAAUAACAUUUCCAAUUGUUAUGAGUACUUGGAAAUGCGUUUUAAUAGCAAGACGCGCGAUUUGAUGACAUUUUCUUUUGUGGGUAAUCUCUGCUUUAUUCUCCCUCUGUACAUGUUUAUACCGAGUUUGGCCUUUGCUCAGGUUACCGGUUUCAAUAUACACUUUAUUAAUGGCAUCGUGUGUUCCAUUUGCGUCUUCUACACUAUGGUUGGAGGCAUCAAAGCUGUCGUAUGGACCGAUGUGGUACAAGGUACUGUUAUGUUAACAUCGGUUAUAUUAGUAUUUGUGUUGGGUAUUAUAAAAGUAGGUGGCUUCAGCGAAGUUUUCCGAUUGGCUACUGAUGGCCAACGCUUGGACAUAAAUUUUACUUUUGAUGCUACAACACGUUCCACAUUUUGGAAUUGCUUCUCUAGUGCUAUUGUAGUCUGGACUUCAUAUGUAGGCAUGAAUCAAAGUUGUGUGCAGAGAAUUGUAUCAUUACCUUCAUUAAAGCACGCUCAAAGAUCUUUGUUUCUAUUUGGUAUCGGCUUUGCGAUCAUAAUGUUCUUGAAUUCAUUGACUGGUAUUGUUAUGUAUGCACGCUAUCAUGACUGUGAUCCUGUGGCGGCUGGUUUUGUGGAAAAAGCCGACAAGUUAAUGCCUUUCUUCGUACAGGAUAUAGUGGGUUACAUGAAAGGCAUGCCAGGCGUUUUCAUAUCCUGUGUGUUUAGUGCUGCUUUAAGCACUUUGUCGGCUAGUUUAAAUUCUCUAGCCGGCAUUGUUUAUUUCGACUAUAUUAAACCGCGUAUCAAGCACACGGAAAGUAGGGCGAAUUUCAUUAUGAAAUCCAUUGUACUGUUCACUGGUCUAUACUGUAUAGCAGCUGGUGUAAUUGUCGAAAAGUUUUCAUCCAUUAUACAAAUGCUUUAUUCAAUCACCGGUGUAACAUUUGGUGCUGUAUUUGGUGUUUUUCUACUGGGCAUGUUGAUACCUCAGUCACACGGCCGGGCUGCUUUUUGUGCGGUUGCAGCUAGUAUGCUAACCAUGCUGGUAAUUGUCUUGGGGGCUCAGGGCGGGAUAAGUUAUGAACCUCUACCCACCUCUACAGAAUCUUGCGUCAAUGGCAGUAAUCUAAUGCAAAAUUUCGAGAAUUUUACUUCACUUCUUUUAACGGAUUCGCCUCCAAAAGAGUCAUUUAAUAUUUUAAAUGUUUCCUUUAAUUGGUAUAUGGUCUUAGGUGCUUCUGUAGUGUUUAUUGUCGGCAUACCUUUGAGUUAUAUAUUACCGCCUGGAAAAGAUGCUAAAUUUGAUCCAAAGUUUUUAUCACCUGUUAUACAACCACUUCUUCGCUACGAACUAACGCGCACGGACGAACUGCCUGAAAUUUUGAUAAAGGAAAUCCCGAAGUCAUAA